AUGCCCAAUGGCACUUUAGAUGCACUCUUGCACUACUCUCAAAGCACAAGGCACUUCGGGUUAUUGGAGAGGAUAGGCAUAAUGCUUGACGUGGCUAUGGCAAUGGAGUAUCUGCACCAUGAGCACCACGAGGUGGUCUUGCACUGUGACUUUAAGCCAAGCAAUGUGUUGUUUGAUGAGGACAUGACCGUGCAUGUAGCAGACUUCGGCAUUGCAAGGUUGCUACUAGGUGAUGAAACCUCUGUGAUCUCUGCGACCAUGCCUGGGACUGUUGGGUACAUGGCACCAGAAUAUGGAUCGCUUGGAAAAGCAUCACGAAAGAGUGAUGUGUUCAGCUACGUCAUCAUACUCCUUGAAGUCUUCACUAAAGGGAGACCCACGGAUGCAAUUUUUGUUGGGAAUCUAACAUUGAGACAAUGGGUUUUUGAGACAUUCCCCGAUGACCUUGUUCAUGUUGUGGAUGGCGAUCUACUGCGAGGACCUUCUUCUAGCCGCCACCUGGAAGUCUUUCUUGUGCCAAUAUUCGAGUUGGGUUUGCUCUGCUCCUGCGACUCUCCCGACCAAAGGAUAACGAUGACGGAUGUGGUCGUGAAGCUGAAGAAGAUCAAAGUGGAGUAUACCAAAUGGAGUGCAACCCAAUGA